GGCUGUGCAUACCCUGCAUGCUCAAGAAAACUCUGUCACUCUUGAAGAGGUCAAUAGUCCAAAGUCCCUGGCUGAGAACCUGGAAAAGAUUGAGUUUCCGACGCAGCUCGUUGCAGUAUUAGCAGACCCCCUCCUCCAGAAACUUCUGGUCCUCCGGCCAGAUGCCGAAGGUUUAUCGCGGGUGAAUAAUUGGGUUACAGCGUGCCUGGACGAUGUUCGAAGUGGAGAUGCCGACCCAAGUCUGCUAUUUGACAUGGUAGACAUCAUUCAUGACUAUGCUGCCAGCACAAAGACACUACCACCUCUUCUCAUCAAUUUCUUCCGUGAGUUUCUGCAAGUCUGGGACGGCAGAGACAAAAGAGAAAUAGUCGUAGAGACUCUGAGCUUCCUCCCACUAAUGAACUUCAAAGAACUCUACCAGAUCCUCCUCCAGCCCUUCGAAUCCGUUCUCCUCGACAAUACCUCCGAAUCCCAACUUUCCCUCCUAA